AUGGUUUCAAUAUAUGUUAUUUUAUUGUUUUAUUUUAGUAGCGUGAAUUUAAUUUUAGGGAAAGUUGAUAUCAUAGAAUCAGAUUUUGGUAUUGAAAAAUGUGAUUCUGAUAAAGUAAAAAUAUUAGAAGAAAAAUAUUACGAAAAAUCAUGUGGUGGAGAAAAUUUAUUACCUAAUUUUGAGUGGUUAGAUAAAAAUAGUGCAACGAAAUCUUAUGCUAUUACAAUAACUAGUAUUAACAAUUCGAAUACAGUUGUUCACUUCGUAGCUUGGAAUAUACCUGCUUAUGUAAAUUCAUUAAAUAAUUUUACGAAUUUUAAAGAUAUUAAUGCUGUUAUUGGUUUAAACUCUUAUAGCAAAAAAAAUUAUGAAGGCCCAUGCCCUAAAUAUUUAGACAAUGAACCAAGUGAAUGCAUCAAAUUUACAUUAUAUGUAUUAAAAAAUGAAAAUAUAGAAUUAUCUGAAGAUGCAGAUUAUUUUGAAUUAAUGGCUUAUAUAAAAAGACUAAGUAGAACUGAAAAUAUUAUUCUUGAUAGCUUAUCUUUAUAUUCAUUAUCUAUACCUAAAAAAGUUUCAGAUUAA